CCAGUAACUGAGGCCGCGCUGCCAGGUUAUAUGAUGGCCGCCCUGUCAUCCGGCCGCAUGGUAGCGCUGUGACCGCACACACCGGAGGAGACCGGGAGACCCGGGACAGGAAGAGCCGGGAGCAGCCAUGGAGGGGACCGAGUCUCCUGGUGGAGGUAAAGCCAAGAAAGCAGAGAGUCGUCAGCCUAUGAAAAGUCAGGAAAUGUCCAAAGAGGAGAAGCUUCGCUUGCGGAAGGAAAAGAAGCAGCAAAAGAAGAACAAGGAAAAGGCGCAGACUGAGGCAGCGGAGGGGGCACAGGAGAGCAGCGCCCAGAAAGCGGACCCUCAGUGCCCAGUUACCACGCCCAUCGCUACAUGCCCCACACCGCCAGUUGUUGCCGCGGCAGUCUCCGAGGUGCCGGCAGGAGGAAAGAGCAAGUCAGAGAUGCGAGCAGAGCGACGCGCCAAACAGGAGGCCGAGCGCAACCAGAAACAGAAUAAGAAAGCCGAGCAGAGCGCCGGACCCGCACCCGCCAAAGUGAAGGCCCAGCCCAGUGACAGUCAGACAGUGAAACGGCUUCCGGAACACGUACAGGUGGACGAUCCAGAAGCGCAGAAGAAGCUGGUGAAGAAGCUGGAGAGACAGCAGGUUCCUUACCGGCUGGAUUACGGCGCCAAAGUCAGUCUCUUCUCCCAUCUGCACCAGUACAGCCGCAAGAUCCCCCUCACUCAGCAGAUGAGCAUCCCGUCCUCUGUCAUACACCCGGCGGUGGUGAGACUCGGCUUGCAGUACUCUCAGGGAAUCAUCAGUGGCUCCAACUCUCGCUGCAUCGCGAUGUUACAUUGCUUCAAGCAGGUUAUUAGAGACUACAACACUCCACCCAAUGAGGAGCUGUCACGUGACCUGGUCAACAAAUUGAAGCCUUCCAUCAGCUUCCUGAAUCAGUGCCGCCCUCUGUCAGCCAGUAUGGGAAAUGCUAUAAAAUACAUAAAGAAAGAGAUCUCCACACUGAGCCGGGCACAAGGAGAGGAGGAGGCAAAGCAGGAGCUGUAUCAGUGCAUCGAUAACUACAUCCGGGAGAAGAUCCAGCUGGCGGCUGAGGCCAUUUCCAAGUCCGCCGCAGAGAAGAUCAGCGAGGAUGACGUCAUCUUGGUGUACGGCUGCUCGUCGCUGGUGACCUUCACGCUCUGCGAGGCGCACAACAGCGGGAAGAGGUUCCGGGUCAUCGUGGUUGACAGCCGGCCACGGCUUGACGGCAGAGACACCCUGAGGAGACUGGCCAACUGCGGCAUUCACUGCACUUACAUAUUGAUCUCGGCCAUUUCCUACAUCCUGCCCGAGGUGUCUAAGGUGUUCCUGGGAGCACACGCGCUACUAGCGAAUGGGUACGUCAAGUCACGUGUGGGAACCUCCCAGAUAGCGCUGAUUGCUAAGGCGCACAAUGUACCCGUGUUGGUGUGCUGCGAGACCUACAAGUUCUGCGAGAAGGUGCAGACUGACUCCUUCGUCUCCAAUGAGUUAGAUGAUCCAGACGACCUGGUAGUCACCCGGAAGGGGCGAUGUCCCCUGGGGCAGUGGGAGAAGAACCAGAACCUGCGUCUUCUGAACUUGGUGUAUGAUGUGACGCCCCCGGACCUGGUGGAUUUAGUGAUCACUGACCUGGGUAUGGGGAUGAUCCCCUGCACGUCGGUACCGGUGGUGCUUCGUGUGAAGAGCGGGGAGCAAUAAUGGGAAGCCGUGUAUUAUUUAUGUCUCUUAUUAAACGCUCUUUGCCUCCUC